AUGAAAGUCCGAAAGAAUCUAAAAGAUAUUUAUAUCACAGAAGAUUAUACAAAAGAAGUUUUGGAAAAGAGAAAAUUGUUACAAACUAGACUGAAAGAAGAAAGAAUGAAAGGAAAUUUUGCAUAUUUGAAGUACGAUAAGCUUGUGGUAAAGGAAAAUAAUACGACUAAGGAAAAAAGAAAAAGAGAAGUAUCUUCAUCACCCCAAGAUAAUACAACAAUUAAGAAACAAACCUGGACGCCUUCACAAAAUAGGCGUAACGCUUUUGAUGUAAUGAGAGCCAGAGCCAAUUCUCUCCGACUGGUCCUCGUGGGGGAAUACGACCAAGACCCUCUAAAUAUAGCAAACAAAAAGAAGAGAAAACAACGUAACGAUAUAUAUAUAGCUACUUUAAAUUGUCGUUCGCUAAGAACAACAGAAAAAUUACAAGAACUGGAAUUAGCAUUGGAUGAAAUAAAAUGGGAUAUAGUUGGAAUUAGUGAAGUGAGAAGAUUUGGAGAAAAAAUAGAGGACCAUGGAAAAUACAUACUGCACCAUAUCGGAGAAACGCCUGGUUUAUUCGGAGUCGGAUUUCUUGUCAAAAGAUACCUCGCCAAAGGUAUACAAGAACUCAGAGGAAUUUCAGAACGGAUAGCACUUCUCAGUAUUAAAUUACCUGUAGAUGGAGACGAAGAACAAUUGUGGUCAAUAAUCCAAGCGUAUUCGCCUACUGAAUCAAACAGGAAAGACGAUAUAACGAAAAUCGAUAAAUUCUAUGAAGAUCUGCAUUCGGUCUGUGCAAAGGCGCAUAAAAACAUAAUAGUCAUGGGAGAUUUCAACGGACAGAUUGGCAAACAGAAGAAUGGAGAAGAAUAUACCAUGGGAGUAUAUGGACAUGGCAUAAGAAGUAAAAACGGAUCUCGGGUAGUAUCUUUUGCUGUCGAAAAUAAAUUAAGUAUCCUAAACAGUUUCUACAAAAAGAAAGCAUCUAAGAAAUGGACUUGGAUUUCUCCUAAUGGCCUAUACAAAAACGAGAUCGACUAUAUCAUGUCUAACAAUUUAAAAGUUUUUAAAGAUUUAUCUGUCUUAAAUAAUUUUAAUUUUAACUCAGACCAUAGAAUAGUUCGAGCAAAGUUAUCAGAAGCACAUGCUAAAAGACCACGAAAAUUCCACAACAGUAUAAAAGCUAUUGAAUGCACCGGUGAUACUGAUCUACUUCUAAAUAAUCUUGAUAUAACAUUUCAAUGUGGUGAAAAAGGAAAUAAAUAUAAAUCGAUACAUGAAAAAUACAACAACUUACUUCAACAAUUAAAGUUAGAAACGAAAAAAGUAAAUAUGAUUAGUAAAGCAGAAAUAUCAUUGAAAAGUAAGCAAUUAUUACAAGAACGGAAAGAACUCAUACAACUUGGGAAAUAUAAUAAUGAAAGGUCUCAUAAGAUAGCAGAAAUAAGUAAAGAAAUUAGUAAGCAACUCAGAAAAGAACGAAAAACAAAAAGAUUAACAACAUUAAAAAAACAUAUAGAAAAGACAGGAGGAAUAAGGAAGGCGAUAAAGGAAUUAAACUAUAAAAAGGAUUGGAUUUCCAAUAUGAGAAAAAAAGACAAGGAAAAGACCAGCAAUCGAUCAGAAAUACUAGAAGUAGCAACAGAUUAUUAUAAGAAAUUAUACCAAAGUGGUAAAGGCGAACAAGUAACAGAGACAUAUAACCCAAAGACGCCAGAACUCUGGAAAUAA